CACAUACGCUGGAGCAGUGCGACUUAGCAGCAGCUGUUCCCAGCAGGUAAAAAAAAAAUUGUCCUCAGUAGGGACUCAAUAACGAGGAGGAGACUUCACUUACCAAAUGUAUGUAAAUGAUGGAGAAUAACUUUAAAAAAAAAAUUGUUAUAAUGUAUUUUUGAUGUCAGCUAAUGUUUUUCUUUACGAUUAACAUAACAUAUCAUAUGUGAAGUAGACUCUACCCAGAAUCUAUACGUGCAGUAAAAACUGUUGUUUUUUUAAAUUCAUAAUUGUCGCUGACAAGAUCAAAACAAAACAACAACAACAACAAAAAAAAAAACACAAAUGAGUAGUAUUCUGCGUUUCUUUCGACGGAAGAAAGAUUCCAGCAAGAAGAAAGAUUCCAGUCCUAAAAAAGAUUCCGGAGGAAAGAAUAAAAAGGACAAGAAGCACAAGGGCAAUAAUCAAUGCGACAAGACCGAUGGUGGAGUCCAAAUACCGGAACUUACCCAAGACACCAGAAGAUUGUUUUAUGCCGCAGAGUUCAAAUCAUUGGGUGACGUCACGAAGGAUAACACCAUGAGGAAAGAAGAGUUUACCAGAUUGAUGAUGUUACUGGGAUUUCCCUAUGGCAUAGAAGAAAUAGAGCAAAUUUGGUCCGACAAAGGAAUGGAGGACGGUGGAAGAAUGUCUUUAGAGGAGUACAUUGACGUCAUGCUGGAUGACAAGAUUGACUCACAAACAAGCAUGUGGAGAAAACUUUUUACCUGCUUUGAUACCGACGGAAACGCCACCGCUUCUAAGGCGGAGGUAGUGAAAGGGCUUGAAAAAAUCGGCCUGGACAUCACGCCAGAAAUGCGAACCAAAAUUGACCAGAUGGACACAAACAAAGACGGAAAGAUAAGCUAUGAAGAGUUUCUGAAAGCUCAAUUGAAGCAAUAGUCUUCUGGACACGAACGAUUGGGGCAUUUAUAUUGUUUUAGAAGAUAUCUGAUAUUUGAACAAAAAAUAAUUAUUAUUUGUAUGUUUGGUUCAUUUUGUAAAAUGUCGAAAUUUUCUCUCCUGGUGAUGAGCAAAGAUAAUAAAUAGCCUUUUGAUUUCUCUGUGUUUAUACAAUAAAAAAAAAUCAACUCAACUGCAAUGCCAAUAAAGAUUUUGUCUUAGAGGUUGAAAGUACUAACAGUUGAAAAAAAAUUGAGUUGUUAACAAUGUAACCGUGCCAUAAGAAAACCGGAAGUCAAGUUGGAAAUUAUAAUUUCAUCGGACAUAAUUCUUGUUGCAAUACUUGAAUAUAUUUCUUACUUAGUAAAGUAUUAAAUGGGCGCUAUUGCCGCGGUAUACAAUGAUAAGGGAAAAGGGGGGGGGUAAAAUAUGAAAAUAACAUUAGUUUAAAGUUGAAAAUAAAAGCCACGGUCCUAUUGUUAUUCUGUCUAUUUUUUAUUGAGAUUGUCCUUGACCUCAGUUUUUGAUGUCUUUAAAUCCUAUGCCCUUCUGAGAAUUAUAUUGAAUGAUUUUAUCGAUCAUUUUGUACUCAUUUUUUCUUCACGAAGUAAUGUUGCUACUGCACAUAUAAUAGAAACACGCUAUCUAGUCGUUGUAUUGUUUAUAUUGCCUACAUUAGAGUACACUAAUAUAUUCGACACGAAGAGAUUCCAUCCAUGAAAGGCUUUCAUUCAUCAACCCCCCUGGAAAUAUCUAUCGGGCCCCUUAGAUCUAUCUAUGGCUUCCUUCGGUCUCGAAGCGACUACGGAUCAUCUCAUAGAAAUGGGAUGAAAGCUUCGGAGUUGGCGAUGGUCGGAACAAAUCGCCUACACAGCAGUUUCACUCUCCCCCUCUCCACGCAGCUGAUGUAUCCAAAGCAAUGGCAAGUGCAGAUAGUUUGGGAUCAGCGGCUUCGCAGCUUCUGCCAGAGUGUAGCACUACUGCAAGCUUCCCAAGGAUGACCGGCGAACCGAGGGCCUGUAACAAAUGAAACUUAUUAAAACUUUAUGAUAGACCUGGGCGACGAGAAGCAAAAGUCUGUCCAAUGAGUUCUUUUGAGACAGUAAAAUACAAUUCAUUUAGACACGUUUCUUUAUGAACUAAGUAUAAGAUCAAAUAAUAUGCAUUAUGAGAUUAAUAUCAAAUAAUAUGCAUUAUGAUUAAGAUCAAAUAAUAUGUAGGCCUUAUUAUGGUUUGGGUUGGGUUUAAAUGGAUGAGUUUCACAGAAUGUUAAGUACGUGAUGGUGAAUGUGGUAUCAAACUAACUUAAUGAUGUUGAUUUAUCAAACUGAUUAGCAAAAAUAGUUCAAUAAAAGUCAACAUUCUUUUUUU